CCUACAACUGUCCGUGUCUGAUGGUUGAUAUUGAUGGCUUAAUGCCAACCCCACAAUUAACACUACCAUUGCCAUUGCCAUUGCCAGGUUCGAUUCUUGGCGCUCGAAUUUGACUCUUGCUUUAAUUUCCUUUGAAUCCUCAUUCCCAAAGUGCAUAAUGUCAAUAGCUCCAUCACUCCCUCGUCUUCACUCUCCAUUUCUUUGCUGUCCACUCAAGCUCUCCACUUCCACUCAAUCUUUGUCCUUCAAAUGUGGGAGAAAUCAACAGUCGCCAGCGUCUUAUCCAUGCAUCAGAGCAGUUGAUCUUGAUCAGAACACAAUAGUAGCAGUGUCGGUUGGGAUUGCCAGUGUUGCCAUCGGGAUUGGCAUUCCAGUUUUCUACGAGACUCAAAUCGAUAACGCUGCAAAGCGAGAAAAUACCCAACCAUGCUUCCCUUGCAAUGGCACCGGUGCCCAGAGGUGUAGAUUUUGCAUGGGAAGUGGCACCAUAAGUGUAGAGCUUGGCGGGGAAGAGAAAGAAGUCUCAAAAUGCAUUAACUGCGAAGGAGUUGGUUCUUUAACAUGCACUACUUGCCAAGGUAGUGGGAUUCAACCUCGUUAUCUUGAUCGCAGGGAAUUCAAAGAUGACGACUGAAAUCCUACAAGAAGCAAGGGCAACGAUUUUGGACUAUACUCGCAUGGUGAUUAACAUAAACUGGAUAGAUUUGCCAAAAAAAUUUACAAAAAGAUCUGUAAAAUCAUUUUUUCUAUUUACCGUAAAUUUUUUCUCCUUCUAUUUGCUAUCACAUUUUAUACUUUCUGAUGUGCUUUAUUAGUAGAACAACUUGCUAGUUUUGGAGCAGGUAUAAUUGUUUUCUCAGUGAGGAGAUUGUCAAUCAAAGAAUUACGAUCAGUGUCUCAACCAAUGUUGUUCGUGGUGCUUGAUGACUAUUGGAAACAAGCAUCAUUCGUGCUAGUAUGACGUGUUGAUUGGACAUCAUCUCAC